UGAAGCUCAUGGGCCCGGGCGUACGCAAGCUCGUUGAUCACUUGUUUGAGGAGCUCUUCGAUGGAUCGAAAUAUGCUAGUCGACGGGGAGCUGCCUAUGGUCUUGCAGGUACUAUUAAGGGUUUGGGACUGCUGAGGACAAAAAGCGUUUCGAAACGCGUCAAGGUGCAAUGUUUGCAUUCGAAACUUUGUCGAAUACGCUCGGCACUAUUCGAGCCCUAUAUCACAUUUAUCCUCCCCAUUCUCCUGACCGCGUUCGGUGACACGACAGCAGACGUGCGCGAGGCUGCUCAGGAUGCAGCAAGGGUAAUCAUGGGCAAUAUGUCUGGAUAUGGCGUCAAGCUCAUUCUCCCUUCCUUAUUGUCUGGUUUGGACGAGAAACAGUGGAGGUCUAAAAAGGGUUCCAUUGAAUUGAUGGGCAUGAUGGCCUACUGCUCGCCCCGACAACUAUCACUAUCACUGCCCAUUGUCAUUCCACGCCUUACUGGCGUUCUGACGGAUACCCAUGCCCAAGUCAAAACUGCGGCCAACAAGAGUCUAAAGCAGUUUGGAGAAGUCAUCAACAACCCCGAGAUACAGGCGCUUGUUCCGACGCUACUAAAGGCGCUUGUGGAUCCUGCGAAGACGACAAAUGCUUUCAGCCCUCCUGAAAACAUCAUUUAUCACUACAUCGAUCACUCCUCUCUGGCGCUGGUGAGUCAUACCAUUAUCGAACGUGGAUUGCGGGAACGAGGGACGGAGGGCAAGAAGAGAGCCGCUCAAAUUGUUGGCAAUCUUGCAUCUUUGACGGACUCUAAAGAUUUCGUGCCUUACUUGUCUUCGCUCUUGCCGUUGGUGCACCUCGUUCUGGUUGAUCCCGUGCCGGAAGCACGCGCGACUGCUGCCAAAGCGCUCGGGACACUUGUUGAACGUCUCGGAGAAGCCCACUUCCCCGACGUUGUCCCCGGACUUUUGAGAACACUUAAGACCGACACCUCAGGUGUUGAUCGACAAGUGAAGUGCUAUCCGGACUCGGCAUGGAACGACUUGAGGGCCUUCUCCCUGACAUUCGCCAAUGCGCAGUCCCCUCGGAGUACCGUCAGGGAAGGUUUCAUGUCUCUCCUCGUGUAUCUACCGGCUACCUUCGGCGCUCGAUUCCAACCACAUUUACCGAAAAUCAUAUCCCCCAUCUUAAGUGGACUGUCUGAUACGGAAGAAUACGUCCGGGAAGCCGCUAUGCGAGCAGGGCGGAUGAUUGUUACCAAUUACUCCACCAAGGCGAUCGACUUGCUCCUGCCUGAACUUGAGCAAGGCAUGUUCGAUGCUGGCUGGCGCAUUAGGCAAUCAUCAAUCACUCUUGUUGGAGAACUAUUAUUCAAGGUAUCAGGUAUUAGUGGAAAGGCUGAAGUUGAAGAGGAAGAGGAAGUGGCCGAAGUUGCAGUCGCAGAAUCUUCUCGCCGUGCGCUCACAGAUGUUCUUGGAGAGGAACGUCGUAACCGUAUUUUAUCGGCAUUAUAUCUUGCAAGACAAGAUGCAGUCAACGUUGUUCGUCAGUCUUCUGUUCACAUCUGGAAGGCGCUCGUGCACAACACACCCCGUACUGUACGCGAAAUUCUCCCGGAGCUUGUUACGAGGAGUUUCGAACAGCAAGAGACUGCCACUCGUACCACGGCAGAGCUCAGCCGCAAGUCUGGCGAGAAGGUUCUGGGCGAAAUUUUCUCAAUUCUCCAUGCUAAGUCGCAAUUCCUGAUCGUACCCGCGAAGGUGGCCUCAUGCUGUGCGAGGAUGUCCGUGCCUCUCUGGUGGAUGAUGACGCUAGUGGUACGUUCGGCGGCCGCGAAGGCAUUUGAUGUACUUCAAGAACAUCUCGGCGCGAAAGCGAUUGACCAGACGAUCCCCACUUUGUUAGAGGCUUUACGCCAGCCUGGUGCAAGCUCAGACACCGCACUUCAAGCCUUGAGGGAGGUCAUGUCGGUCCGGGCGUCUACUGUGUUCCCUGUUCUCAUCCCAACCUUGAUUGCCACACCUAUGACGGUUUUCAAUGCCAGAGCUUUGGCGUCUCUUGUCACCGUUGCUGGUCAUGCCUUGAGCAAGCGCCUCAUUGUCAUCCUUGGAGCAUUAGUAAAGGUUUUGGAAGAAGAUCAAGACGAUGGACUACGGAGCGCUAUCGACGAGGCUGUGCGUGCACUUUUAGCCUCGAUAGAAGACCCGGAGGGUUUGAACACCUUGAUGUUGCUCCUUCUUGGGUGGGCCAAGAGUGAUGCGCCAAAACGGAUUAGCUCCUGCAAUCUCUUUGCAGUGUUCUGCGAGGAAUCUGAGCUGGAUUCGUCAUUAUACCGUGUUGACUGGGUUCGACAGCUUGUUUCUCUCUUCGAUGACCAAGAGGUUUUAGUCCACACUGCGGCUUGGCAGGCAUUUGAUGUAUUCGUCAAGUCAGUGCCAAAGGAUGAGCUGGAGUCCCUCGUAGUCCCCUUGCGCCGGACGAUCGAGAGCACUGGCGCACCUGGCCGAUAUGUUCCUGGUUUCAGUCUGCAAAAGGGAGUCGCACCCGCCGUCCCUAUCAUUAUUGCUGGUCUCACGAAUGGCAGCAACGAACAACGCGAAAAUGCAGCAUACGCUAUCGGAGACUUGGUAGAACGGACGGAGGAGUCUGCUAUCAAACCUUUCGUGGUGCCAUUCACUGGGCCCCUCAUCCGUGUUGCAAACAAGCCACCACAUAUCCUCCUGGUUGCACUGGCCUCGAUGCUCGAGAGAAUUCCCGGUCACGUUAAACCGUUCUUCCCUCAGCUUCAGCGCACAUUUGUCAAGGCAAUCAGCGACACGUCCUCUGCCGUCGUACGAACUCGUGCAGCAGAUGCUUUGGGUAUCCUCAUGCACAGCCAGCCAAGAGUUGAUCCUGUUGUUACGGAGCUUAUUGCUGGUGCGAGAUCCAGCGAGGAGGAGAUUGCUGCUAGCUUCGUUCUUGCAUUGUCGAACGUCGUGAAGAGUUCUUCUGCGCACGGUGGUAUUGGAGAUAAGGCUAGAGAAACCUGCAUUGAACUUGUCAAUGACGCAUUCCGGGAAACACGAGGAUCAUUACGUUCAGGCAACAGCAACGUUGAUAGCCUCAUUGUCAGCAAACCCGCAAUCACUGAAGCCGAUUUUUCACUAUUGACCGUCAUCGCCAGUGCAUACUUGAUCUCUGGAACACCUCCAUCAGCCCUAGCAUCGCAUGCCAUCCUUGCUGUCCUAUCUCCCGAUUCGGACGACUACUUGGAGCCGGCAGCCACGCUGUUCGCAAAACUGGGGCUCUUACGCAGUGUAGCUCUGAAAGUCAAAGAAAGUGCCGCCAACGAACGCUCCACUAUAUCAAGACCUGCGAGAGCCAGAGACAUAUUGAAAAACAUGGCAGUGGACGAAGAUACCCUUGCCGGGAUAUUCUGA